CUGUACGUGGCAGGAGUAAUACCAGGUCCAGGCAAGCCAUCUUUAGAUGAAGUGAAUCGCUCCCUGAAACUGGUAGUUCAGGAAAUGAAGAGCUUCUGGUAUCCUGGAAUAUUCUACAGUCGAACAAGCAUGUAUCCACAGGGAAGGAUAUAUCGAGCGGCGCUAGUACCUGUCAUUUGCGAUAUGCUUGCAGCCCGCCAAGUCUCCGGAUUUUCGUCUGCUACAUCCACUUUCUUCUGCACGGCAUGUCUUCUUGCCAUCCAAGAAAUCGAAAACAUAGAUAUUGAUAGGUGGCCUAGACGGGAUGUAUUCGAACACCGACAUCAUGCACAAUGCUGGAGAGAUGCGGACACUUCUGCCGAGCGGCAGUCUGUUUUUGAAAAAAAUGGAAUCAGAUGGUCUGAACUUCUGGACCUUCCCUACUGGAACCCUUCGUUGUAUACCGUAGUGGAUGCUCCACACACUGGAUACCUGGGACUAUUUCAGCAUCAUUGCCGCACUGUUUGGGGUAUAAAUGUUGAGAUUGAAGGUGGGGACGGGACCGCGUUGAGACUAAAGAAUCCGAUACAUCGACCUGCUAAUUCAGUUAUGCGUCAUUGGCUGGAAGUUAUACGUCGCACAGAGGAUCCGGACCAGCUAAAGUCGGCUCUCAGCCAAAGGAAUUGCUACAAGAACGUUCUGUGGCAUAUCUGCAACGACAACGGCCUCAGGCAUCUCAAGGCGCUCAAGGAAGUCCACGAGUUUGACGAUGAAACCUACCGACGGUAUCAUCAAAAGUUUUUUGAAGGCCGGUCAAAGUUCAGAGCAUUGGUUGCCUACAAGAAAAUCUAUCUUAUUGCUCUGUGUGAUGAAUUAGGUCUUCCUGAGUACGGGAAAAAGGAAGAACUCGCAGCUCUGUUGAUUCAUUGGGUAGGUACCAGCUCCACCGUACAUCGCAACAAUUUGGCGGCAGUUGAGAAAAAUUUUGCCUCAGGGAAGAACCAAAGGCAUGUCUUAGGAAGGUCCAUCAUGGAGGCGGUUUACGAAGACAUGAAAAAAACUCGUCUACCUUUGUGGGUAUCUCGUGCGCCCAAGGACUGGGGUACUCCUUCCCGUGGCAAGCUCACAGCCGACCAGUGGAAGGUGAUAUGUACUGUGCACCUGGUCAUCACCCUCAUUCGCAUAUGGGGAACACCAAGUUCGCCUGAAUCUCUUCGUUUCUCCCGUAUGCUCACCAAUUUCUUGGAUAUGGUAAAAGCGGUUUCUAUCCUCAACCUACGAGUAACUUCGCACAUGCACAUUCAACGCUACAAUUUCUUCGCGAAACGAUACGUGGGCGUAAUGAAAACACUCUAUAAGGACGUUGCCGUCAAGCCUAUCCAUCAUAUGGCGCUUCAUGCCGGGGAGUUCCUACGAGUAUUUGGCCCGGUACAUGCCUAUAGAACCUUAGCUUUCGAGCGCUUAAAUCAUACUAUGCAACAGCAGAACACAAACAGCAAGUUUGGGGAACUCGAGAUGACAUUCCUGCGUUCUCUCUGUCGCAUCUCAAACGUGGCCGCCUUGGUCAGUCAUGAUGCAACUGUGACGAAUUUCGUGUCCAGAAUGCUCAAACGGCACAGGACAAACGUAGGUGAAGAUAGCCGAGGAACAUUGAGGGGCAGCCUACAAAGU